AUGGGUCGAAAGCGAAAUGUCGAUGUGCAACAGGUUCCUCGGAGGAUCCGGACGAAGCAGGGCGGGAACGCGAACGAGUACGUGGACGAGCUGUUGGAGAAUGCGAGGCAGUGGCUCAUCGACAACGGAUACAACAACCUGCAGCUGCCGGAUGCGGACGCGGAGUUCUCGCAGGAGAUCUUCCCCGGGUUCGAGCUGAGCGGCUCGGCCGGGUUCAGAUCCGGCUCGCUGCAGGGCCUGGAGACGAUCCUGAGGAGCGGCGACGCCACGCUCGACACCGACGGGUCGCUCAUCACCAUCUCCACCGGGCUCGGGUUCCAGGCCGUCGGCGGCGGGUAUGAGGCCUUCUUGGAGUUCGAGGGAAUCGAGAUCAGCACGGAUGUCGGCCUCAGGAUCAACGACAUCGACAUCUUCCUUCAAGCGUCGGUGGACCCGGCGACCCUGGCUGUGACGAUCAACCAGUUCAACAUCAACGACCUUGGCGACAUCGAAGUGGACCUAACCGGGCUCGGCCCCCUCGACUGGGCCCUCGGCGAGCUGGUGAGCUUUCUGAAGGACCUGCUGGGAAACAUCCUCUACGACCUGCUGGAGGACCCGAUCCUGGACGCUCUCACUCAGGCCCUGGGCAACAUCAUUCCCCCCACUUUCUGAGUCCGAUCUUGAAUAAUCAUUCGCUGUGAAUGCCUA